AUGGUCGAGCGUUUGCAGAGCACGGGCCCCCACCGUGGAGUGGCCACCGGGGGGAGCAGCGUGUCCUACGAAGGCACGUCCGAGCCGAAGCCAAUUUCGUCGAAAUUGGGCACCCGGAAUGAAGAGAUCAGCCCGACGACGGCCGGUCGACCAGUUAACGGCACAACCCGGCUGCACGUUACUCUAUCGCUGCCACACGCUGGUGGAGCCACUUCGCCAACACUCACCACCACCAGUGAGGCGCCGGCACGAAAGGUGGACAUAUUGAUCUACCCAACAGUCUCACCGGAAACGAUCGUCGUCCCGAUCCUGUCCUGCAUCGUGGGCUUCCCCAUCUUCGCGCUGCUGGUCAUCUGCUGUCUGCGGCGCCGCGCGAAGAUAGCGCGCGAACGUGACCGACGGCGGAACUUCGACCUGAAGGCGAACACCAUCACGCUGGUGCGCUUCAACUCGCACCACCUCAACAGCCAGCGGUCAAUAUUGCUGCAGUCCAGAGACAGUCUGAGCCGAGGGUAUCCUUCCCUCGACCUCGACACAGUAUACGAGGAAAGAAGUGACACGCACGGUAGCACUCAGCUCGACUCGCCCGCUGCCAAGAUGCUGCUGACCGACUCGGCUCCGGAAUCGGACACCGACCACUGCUAGCAGGACGAAAGUCCGAUCCGGUUCCGCGGGGAGGAACUGGUCGGAGUGCUCGAACCGGCGCCCCACAUCCGUAGGCCUGCCUCGAUUAGAAGCUAUACGAGCAUCAGUGGAGCGAUCAGUGUUUUGCCGCCACCACUCGGUAGCUAUGGUAACGAUCGGGACGACACGGUGCUGGAUCUGGUGCGUGGCAAACGGAAACGAUUCCGCAACACCAAACACAAACGGUUGGCCGUUUCACACAGCGAAACAAAUCUCACUGGCCUGGGGCGACCCGGUGGUCAAACCGGUGAGACCGCCAGCAGCACCGAGGAACCGAAACGGACCUCCCGAACCGGCAGUUCGUUUAAGACGGGCGCGAAGCGUAAAACUCUGCAACGGCAGCGGGAAGUGUGCGACGGUAUCCGGGCACCGCUCUGGACGACGCUGACCCACGCGCAGACAAUAAGCGACUAUGAAAUUUAGACUCCUUCCGCCGACCGGACGUACCGGAAACGCCAACAAGAAAUAUUACACACCAAACAGCGGAGCGGGGCGCGACAGUGUCCUGAUUUACGGUUUCGAUUUCGACUGAUACACGCUUAGGGUUUUGCUUGAACCGUGCCACGGAGGAUGCGCCAUGAAGUAACGACGUAC